CUAUCCUGGUAAAUUCCACUCUCAGAUGCUAAACAUUCUUUCACAAUAUGGAAAUGCUUCUGGAGUUUCUGAUCCUCUUUGGACUCAUUGGGAAAUUGAAUCUUUGAAACAUGCUUUCGCCGUGAGGAUGAAUCUUGGUGACCCUGAGUUUGUAAAUGUACGAGUUCUAGCCGAUAUGCUUUCUCCUGAGUUUGCUGAGGAGUUAAAGAAAAGUAUAUAUGACAACAUGACUUUUGAUCCCAGCCAUUACGGUGGCAGGUGGAGGCAAAUCAAUGACCAUGGCACCAGUCAUUUGUCUGUCAUAGAUCCUCAAGGAAAUGCCAUCUCCAUGACUGGUACUGUGAAUGGAUACUUUGGUGCUAAUGUAUUGUCGUCGAGUACAGGGAUUGUCUUAAACAAUGAAAUGGACGACUUCUCUAUACCUGGAAAUGAUUCUACAGGUCUACCACCAGCACCACCCAAUUUUAUCAGGCCAGGAAAAAGGCCAUUAUCGCCCAUGACACCAGCUAUAAUCCUAAAGGAUGGCCAACUAAAAGCUGUCGUGGGCGCAAGUAUGGGAGCCUUGAUCAUUCCUGCGACUGCAGAGGUUCUCGUAAACCAUUUUGCUAGGGGAAUGGAUCCACUCUCUUCUGUCAUGGCUCCUCGGGUCUAUCAUCAGCUAUUACCUAAUGCGGUUCAUUAUAAGAACUGGACGUCCGUGACUGGCGAUCACUUCGAAGUUCCUGCUCAAAUUAGGAGAGUCUUACAAAAGAAGGGCCAUGUCCUAGAGCCCUCUCCUUCUGGGGCUAUUUGCCAGUUUAUAGUUCAAGAUAUAAGGGCUUUGAAGGAUAAUGGAUGCGUUCUGGAGAUUGUGGCAGUGAGCGUUCCAAGAAAAGGUGGGGUUCCUGCUGGUUUCUAA